AUGGGCUGGCUUGACCGAAGUGAUACCACGACCUCACAGUACACUGACGUGAAGCAACGCUUGCGUUGUGUGUCGCCGACUGAAGUCAUCAAAGCGCUACCCGACUCCCGAGCAUUAAUUUGUCAGAAGCCACUUAAGAAAACUAAGGCAAGGUCUGAAGAAGACCUUUUGCACUAUUUUAAGACGUACCUGACAGAAGAAAUGAUAUAUCACAAAGAUAUGGGGAUAGCAAAAGAAUCCCAAUAUUUUUAUAAAAAAGAGAAAGAGCUUCUAAAGAAAAUUAAAGAAAGUAUGAAGGACCAGAAGCAGUUUCAUGAGGAACAGAUUGCUUUGCAUAAGUCUGCUAUAGAAAAGAUCGAGAGUAAGCAAAGGUCUAUGGAUUGA